GGGACUCUGCCAAGAUUUUUAAGUCAAAGUUCCAUUGCUAUAAAAGCUAUUUGAGCAGCAGGCAUGAGGAAUACCAAAAAAGACAGUCAAUGGCUUGCAAAAAGGGAAUAUAUUCACCACGUUUGGACAAGGAAAUAUUAACGUUGAAAAAGAAUCCACCUUCAGGUAUUUCUUGUUAUCCUAAACAAGAAUGCCAGAAGAAUGUUUUAUCUGCAAGUAUUGUUGGAGCAAGUGGGAGUCCUUAUGAAAAAGGAGUGUUUCAGCUAGAAAUCAUUGUUACUGAGAGGUACCCUUUUGAGCCACCCCGUGUAAGGUUCACAACACCUAUUUACCACCCCAAUGUGGACGCCGCGGGACGGAUAUGUCUCGACAUGCUCAAGAUGCCUCCUUCAGGCAGUUGGAAGCCUAUCUUCACUAUCGAGGGUGUCCUCACUACCAUUCAGUGUCUGAUGACCAACCCUAACCCUGACGACCCACUAAUGCCGGAUAUUGCCUCGCAAUACAAGUACAGCAAGGAACAGUUUGACAAAGAUGCAGAAGCUUGGACAAUAAAGCAUGCUCGAGCUAACACAGUUUCUACCUGCGUGACGCAAGUUGCAGUUGAAAAUAACGAGAACUUAGCUGUGAAUAAGCGAAAAAGUGACGGCUUUGGUGAAGACACUGAAAACUGUGAUGGAACUAAAAAGCGUACAAAGAUUGAGUGAGCACACUUUACGUCCCAUCCAUUUUUUUAUUCUUAUUUAACAUGUUUGACUAAGUCUUUUAUUGACACAAUCCUAGUCAUUGAGCUCUGUUAAUAUUUUCAAUAACUUUCUGUUUAUUUUAGUUACACUUGUUAUAACAAAUAAUAUUCACAAUUUUUUUAGUUAAUAUUUUUAAGUUAGUUGCAUAAGAGAAAUCUAA